AUGUUCGUCGUCGUUGUCGUCGUCGUCGUCGCCGCCACCGCCACCGUCGUCGGAGCGUGCGUGUUGAGAACGCCCAGCCGGCGCGGGCGGUUAGCGAACGACGGAGCGCUUUACGCCGGGCAACGCGCGGCCGGCCGUCAAACGCACACACACCAUACCGCCAGUGUGUCGGCGUACCGCGGUUCGGGCACACACGCACUGCACCGCGCUCGAACCGAAGUCCCCGCGGACUGGCUCGCCAGACCAGAAACGCUCGUCAGUAUCACGUCCGUCCACGUCCGUCCGCCGCCGAUACAAACUUUCGAUACGCAUAUUAUAUUGUGCACGGCAAUACAAUUGUAUCUACGUCCGGUAUAUAGCCGUCACGGCGGGAGGGGGGGCGUCCGGGAUUGGAACCCGCGGUCUCGCCAGUAGCACGCCCCAAAGCCGCGGUCCCUUACCGUACCGGGGCGACGGAUGGUAUUGACAGAACCGCCGCCGGGUCGGUUGUCGCAGGUAGUGAAAACCAUUGCGGGUCCGGCGGUGCACUCGCCGCAGCAGCUGCAACACCACCACCACCACCGCCGGCACCGGUGGUGUCAGUGGCGUGCGGCGUGA